AUGACAAUGGUUUUCAAUGCUUCACAAAAACAGCUUGUUCUUGCAAUUCUAUUGGCUUUGUCUCUGGCAAAUCUUCCGACUUUGGCGGUAGCACCACCCGGUCGUUCCAUGGGUGGAUCGUCGUUCUCUUCGGGAGGGCAACUUUUAUUCUUGGCUGUGCUCUAUAAUGUGUUUGUGUUCGCUAUGCUGUUCACCUGCGUUGAUUACUGCUGCUGUAGGAGGCAUGGUGUUCUCAUGCUUCAGAUUGGGUUAUCAGAGAAGGGACGCUCCAUUCAAAGAGAGCUUAAUGCAAUUGCCAAAACUGCUAACACAUCUGGGUUAUAUGACUUGAUCACUGGAUGCAAGGGCAAACAAAACAUGUUUAAUUUUGCCAAAAACAUGGGGCUACCUACUGGUUCAGUGGUCAAAACUCAUUCUUUUGAUGUGAAAGGUGUGGGUUUGAAACUGAAGAUGGACACUUUGUGCAAAUAUGCCAAAUGUUUGGUAAUGAUCCUGGUGGCUAUUCAUGGGCGGUACACUUUACCUGUCAUCAAGAGCAGGGAAAGCUUGAAGGUGGCCUUGCAAUAUUUGGGUUGCUUCCUCACAGUUGUUGACAUUGAGGCUGUGCAUGUGUUAUGGACUCCCCAAAACGAAGAUGAUGCAUUGUUAGAGGAGGAGCUGCAUAAAGAUUACCCACUUUUGAAGCCGAUAUAG